GGGGCGGGGGAGGAAUGUAAAACCUCCAUCAAGUGCGGAGAGCAGGAGCAUUUGCGCAGAUAGUCUGCGCUGCCUUCGACAGACACGCCGCGUUCCAGCCGUAGAGAGGGAGGCAGAGCGGGGGGAGGGAAGUUCGCUGUUGUUGUUUCUUGUCCCGCUGCCGAGCGAUCCCGACCUGCAAACGAGUGCGCGAGGAGCAGGGCGACACACCGCCGCUUACCGGACCCGUGUCAGCACCAGGGAUUUACCAUGGCGGUCAAAGUCUACAUAGCAUCGUCCUCCGGGUCCACUUCGAUUAAGAAGCAGCAGCAGGAUGUGAUGGGCUUCCUGGCGGCCAAUAAGAUCGCGUUCGAGGAGUGCGACAUCGCGGCCAACGCGGACAACAGGAAGUGGAUGAGGGAGAACGUUCCGGAGGAGUCCAGGCCGACCGCGGGGAACCCUCUCCCGCCACAGAUAUUCAACGAGAGCAAAUAUUGCGGGAACUAUGAGGCCUUCUUCGAUGCCAGAGAGGACAACGCCGUGUAUGCGUUCCUGGGUCUGACCGCUCCCCCCGGCUCCAAGGAGGCAGAGGCUCUGGCGAAGAAAGCACAGCAGUAGCAGCUUCACACCAUUUUCUACCUGAGACCUGAACCCAGAUCUGAACCCAGGCGGACCAAGACCUGAUCCAGGAUGAAAACAAGCAACAUUUCACUCGCCUUCUUAAUAUGUGAUUUACUUUGUUCUUCUCUCUUCUAUUAAUCUGUGUUUUCAGCUGUGCCUUGUCAGCUGUAGUGAAAGGAGGUGCUAAAGCAGAGCAUUGUGGGUAUCUUCAAACCGCUCUGCUUCCCCUCAUUAACCUCAGCCCGCUAAGCCCAUUGGCCUCACGACAUGUCAAUCACCCACUAGCAUGAACGCGUAGCCUCCUUUUUGAGAACACAUAGUCGGACACAACUAAAGGUCCGCACUUUGAAAGUUGUCCCACAGAUUUGUCAUUUGGCCAACAGGACAUCGUCCAUAAUACAUUAUCCUCAUUAAUCUCACUCGACAGGUUCAAUUAGAGCACGUCUCAGCUGUCAAACUCCUGCCAAUCACGUCAUCGCCAAACCUGCAGCACCGUCUGCAAGAGUGAGCCCUUACAUCCCAUUCUCUGUUUUUAUUUACUUUAUACGGUCUUAAUGCUGAUUUAAUAGCAAACUUUUUUCUACAAGAUGAUGUAUGUUUAAAAAUGAUAACACAUGCCCAAAUUACAGGUCUGCAUACGCUGAGGGAUGUGAUUUUCUUUUUUUUUAUUUGCCGUUUGUUGUUUUAGCGGAGUUGGAUGUCUGCUUGGUUUCGCCAUCAGCGUCCUGUUUCACAUUGUGUUGGUGAUCCCGGUGUUACACAAUCUUUAAAAUAAAAAAUAAGACUGCAAAUAAAACUGCCUGACUCUCA